AAUAUUCUCAUAUCAUUGGUUAGACGUUCGCUCCACCUGGUGUGCCAGCUGUCAACGUACGUUCACGUUUAGACGUUCGCUCCACCUGGUGUGCCAGCUGUCAACGUACGUUCACGUGCCCACGCCAAUUUCCAACCUAUUCCUUUUCACCAUUCGGUAAUCACACCAGGCAACCGUUCUUCCAAAUUACGUGAUCUUUCGAAACGAAAUCCACGUGAAAAAUGUCAGUGCAAAGUCAUCCAUUUACCUCUACUGAGGAAAUUAUCAAUUUUGAGACGGGAGACACAGCUGUAAAAGUACGCACCAUAACCUCUCAAGUCACAUGGCAUUAACAAAUUAGUUUCAUCGACACUCAAGAAUUAAUAUCAACGACCUCUUUUUUAGUUUUCAUGGUAGAAAACUAAAAAAGAUUUUAGUUUUCAUGGUAGAAAACUAAAAAAGAUUGACAUAAAAAUUGUGGGAUAUCGAGGAAUUCGAUUUUUUUUCAUUUGACAGGAUACUCUCAGGUUACGUCGAUAAGAUUGAUGGGAUGAAAACUGUCAGCAAUGGAAAAAAAACUUUGCUAAAGUUCGUAAUGAACAAUGGGGAUGGAGCGAGGAUUCGUGUACUGAUGUGGGACAAUGUCGCCAAGGUCAACUCACCGAAAAUUUCUCAUUACCAGAAAAUGUAUAUCACUAUGGGUUGCAUUACUCCUGUCAAUACUGCUUAUCAUGGGAACGAAGACGUUGUUGAUGUGGAGUUCAACGUUCAGGCAGCGAGCACCAUAAAAUAUCUGGGAAGUCUCGAUGGAGCUGGAAUAAUUGUCCCAGAAAAUUACCCUGAAGUUGCCAUGGAAACUCUACUUCGUCACCAAAACGCUCCAGUGUCAGUUACUGGAUUCAUCAAGAGUCCAUUCGUUGAAGUUGUUCAUUUCUCAGCUUCGUACGGUGGAGGCUGCAUUGUCAAUGGCAAACACAGACUCGCUGUCCAAAUUGCGAUUUUCAAGGAGACGAAAGAGAUUAAGGUUGGAACGUGUGUCAAGCUCAUGGGGAAACUGAAGUCCAGGGUCUUGAAGACAAACAAGGCAUAUCCCGAGUACUACUUCGAAGUUCCAGACAUGAGUCAUGUCGUUUUGAUCGAGGGUAAAACGGCUACGGAGGAAGAAAUGUCAAAAGCGAUCAUCUCAGCGACCUCUAAACGCUACUCGACUGGAGAUUUACCGGAACCAAAACGUUUCUCGAACGGUCAGGGUGUAGAAGAAAUUCAGAGAGCGAUGUCAAUUGAGAAGAAUGACUAGGUUCAAAGGGGUAUUAUUAUCUGUACUGUUAUUUCAACUGAGAGACAAUAUUUAUUGCUGUUAUCACUAAUCUUUUCGUAGAUUUUUCUCAAAUUAAAUUCCCUGUGAUUUCAUGGAGAUUGAGAAAAAAAUUUUCAAGAGAACAAUCAUAAUGUAAAAAAUAAUUUCGUCACGUAAAGGACUUGACUUUCUAAAAAAAAAUUAUUCGAGGCUAGAAUUUCAUUAAGUUAGAGAUGACUAGAGAAAGACUAGAUUUAUCGAUAACUUCUUUUCAAAGACUAAAAAACUAUAAAUUGACUAGGGCAGUAUUUCCUUAACCUAAACUCGACUAGAGAAAGACUAGAGACGUAAAUUAAUUGGAAACUCCAAUUUGUGAUAUUCAUUCGUGAAUAAUAAUAAUUUAAUUUAUAAAAAUAUAACUAAUCGUGAUAUGCAAGGGCCAAAUGUACAAAGCACUAGAGCAGUAUUUCCUUAACCUAAACUCGACUAGAGAAAGACUAGAGACGUAGAUUAAUUGGAAACUCCAAUUUGUGAUAUUCAUUCGUGAGUAAUAAUAAUUUAAUUUAUCAAAAUAUAACUAAUCGUUAUAUGCAAGGGCCAAAUGUACAAAGCACUAGAGCAGUAUUUCCUUAACCUAAACUCGACUAGAGAAAGACUAGAGACUUCAAUUAAUUGGAAACUCCAAUUUGUGACAUUCAUUCGUGAAAAAUAAUUUAAUUUAUCAAAAUAUAACUAAUCGUGAUAUUCAAGGGCCAAAUGUACAAAGCAUUAAUAAUAGAAACAAAGAUUCGAAUCGUAGAUAAUUUAGAGCCUACAAAAAAUAUUUUUAAACAGUUCUUGCAUAAUCAAUACUUUUAAUAUGAGAAAAAGACUAAUUAAGUUCUCUGACGAAUAUGAUUGUUACACAUCUUGAGUAGAAUCGAAUUUCCAUUUUCUCAUACAUAGAUGGAAAGAUUGUUUGUAUUCCAUCGAUACUUUAAGAUAGUUGUGUAUCUUUUUCAGUUAAAAAAAGUUCAAUUUUACUUUUUAUGUGAUUCAAGCAAACAGCAUGCACUUGAAAAAAUAUUGUUUUUCAAAAGCGAAAAAAUGAGUGAAACAAAAUUGUAAUAAUCCCAUUAUCCUCAUUGCCAUAUAAUGUAUGUAACGUAAUGUUUCUUUGUAUUUUCUUCCCGUUUGUAAGAUGUUUGUAUGGAAAAUAAAGGGUGAUUUUGUCAUAAAACAGAAAUUUUUUGUCAUAAAAAACAGAAAUAAAUAAACGAACAUCACUUUUAAUUGAAUUUGGUACAAUUUUCUCUUCAUUUUGAAAUGAGGGAAAGGAAUUAUUGCGGGAAGGAGAAAUUAGCGACGGUCGUUCAUGCGGAUUGGGGUGGAUAUUCAUGAAAAGAGCAUGAGCUACACGAGACUUUGGGUGCUAUUUUGUCAAUAUAAAACAGAAGUAUCGUUGUUUCCCACAUUAUUGAAUAGUUAUAAUCUAAAAACAAUUCAGAAAUCAUAUUUUAACAGUUCCGGAAGUUGUGAGACACCAAAAAGCAUCGAGUUUCAUUCUUUGAUGUUAAAAUAUCAAAAAUUGAUAACUCACGAAGCGAUUCGAAUGGUCCAUUGAAUUUCGUAGGAGAAAAAAACUACAGGAAAUAAAUUUCAGAGCGCUGAGGGGUCGAUGGGCUAAUUCUUUCAUUAUUCACUCGAGUUGUCAAGAACCAAAUCCUGUGCUCCGUUCAUAUCCUCAAUCACUCAGUCAAGAUUCCUCGCACUCCUUCCCGAAGUGAUUGUCAGCAUCAAGAACAUUGCAGUGAUUAUCCCAUCGAAACAUUUACAGAUUUUCAGGAAAAAAUAGUUUCAAGAGUUUACACAUAGAGAAUCAGAUCCGAGAACUCAGAUCCUAGAAACCAGAUCCUAGAACACAAAUCAUAGAACUCAGGUCCUAGAACUCACAUCGAGUCGUACAGAAUCGGAGCCAGAAAUUUCAGAGUCCAGAAAUUUUCAACCGUAAAACCAGUCACGAGUCUUUUCAUACAGAUACUGAAACAUACAACCAAUACAAGAAUCCAACUUUCCAGAGAUUCAAAACCGAAAACUCAGUUUCAAGUUUUUGAAUACAGAUACGGAAACUUCCAUUUAAUAUGACAAAACACUAGAUAUUGAACGAAACAAAAUAGAUCGAGAUUUACUUGCAAUUGUAAUAACAGUAUAAACACGCUGAAUGUUUGAGUCCAAAGGUUCUAUUGAUAUUC